AUGUUCGCCGGUCAGGGUCAGUCGCCGCACCGACCUCACCAUCUCUGCACCGCCCAGUCCGCCGGCCUAUGUGAGCCUAGGUACGGGCCCGCAAACUGACUGACUUUCCUUUGUUUCAGCGAGUCCGGGCGCCGCUAAACUGUCGCAGAAUCACGGCUUCAGUGUGGAUUCGUCAGCAUAUCAGCAGGCAAUCGAUCGGCGGAAGGGGUUCCGCACUCGCGGCUCUCUUGUAAGUCCAACAUUCAGUCUUUGUCCUUCACAUUUAUAGGGCAAUACGGCCGUGAGAGCCGGUUUUUUGAUUCCUUUGCCCUAUUCCAUGUCUUGUUUUAUGUUUCAUCAGCUAAAAGCCAUGGGAAUUUGGUCGAGGACCAUUUUUGAAGGAUCAAUCCCAUAUUUUGGUUUCAGAGGGCAGUAAAGGAUAAACAUGACGUGGAUCCAUAAUCAAAGCUUUUUUCUGUUAAAAAGGAAAUAAAUAAAUUUUGGCUAAACUUCUUUCCUGACUAAAACACAUCUCCGAAAGAAGAUUUGGGAUUUGACACAAACAUUAUCAAUCUUAAUGCGAAAUGCUAUUACAAUUUAAUCUUCUCUAGGGUCCGACCAUCGCAUCAGCACCGUCUGUCGAACAAGAAGAUUACCGUACUCCGAGGGUGUCUGUAACAUCAGUCAAGAAUGGAAAGAGUUUCGAUUUAGGAGGAGCUGAUCGAGCUGGGCCAAGAGCUUCGGACUCCAAUGGCCUUAUUAAGGUGAGUCAUUAGAUAUUACUAUACGAUGGUCAAGAAUCGACAACGCUCUUCAUAGGAUAAUUGUCAUCAUUACAAAUUUUUCUUACAAAUUCCUCUGUACUUGCCUGCGAAGCAAAGUCCAAGUUAGAUUACCGAUGUCGAGAAAAGUUAGUUUGUGCCCGCUCUCUUUGAUUCCCGCUACUUACCCGUCUCGAAAGGAAUAGCCUCAGGCCAGAUUCCAUGACGCUUCUCGGCACGAUCCUUAUCGUUUAAUAUUUCAAAACAAACAGAAUACAAAUAAACCAAAGAUGGAGUUUGUUCUGCCCCCCUUUACUUAACUGUUUUCUCUUUAUUCGUUUUGGGGACUCAUUAAGGACUUUUCGGCUGCUGUCUUGGCUCGGCAAAGUAGCCCUCAAUCUUUCCCAACGGCCCAAAAAACGUCUCCGUUCAGAAGCGACGGAUUAUAACACUAUAGACGCGAGCCCCUUCUUCCAUUUCCAUCAAGGCCACGCCCGGGAUUAGGCCGGUUCGUAGCCUAGCCCACUAAAACCAAUGGCCAGCGAACAACGUGAGCGAAGAGCGUCGUCGAUUCAUGAGGUUUCCGAAUCCUUGGCCUCCGGAUUUAAUCUUUUGUUUCGUUCCAGGUCAGCGCCGAUUUCCUGCGACUUCAUGGCUCUAGACAGCAGUUCCGGAAUCUGCUUUCGGCCAGAAAGAAGCUGGGUCAAAUGCCUCCGGCCUACACCCGGAUAGAUUAUAGUCAUGAUUCAUUCGACUCAUCAGGUAAGCCAAAGUUUAUUCUUUUCAAAAAGACGAACUUCUAUUGUAACUGCAGUUGAUAUCAAAUGUCAUUAUCCACAACGCCCUCUUUAGCCCCAUACUUUCAUUAGGAAGAACAUGUCAACAUUUUUUGUAUUACCUUAAUUAACUACAUUCAGCGGGAAAAGGGCUUCCCUUCCAAGGUCCGGUAAUUACAAUUGAAGACACCGCAGCGCCCAAAGGUCCAAGUGGUGGCCUGUGCAGUGCUGUAUCGUCAUGUCCGGAAAGCCAGAGGUCAUCCAUCGACGAUCGAGUCGCAGAAAAUGGGCUUUUGACUUCACCCAGUACACCCAACAACAAUAACAACAAUGUACUCAGUAGAAAUAACAGUCGGUACGUUUGAAUAGGGAAAACAAAAAGUAAUCGUCAUGAAUCCACCGUUUUUCAACUUUCUAUGCAUAAGGGAAAGAGUUGACCCGGCUCCAAUUAACGAGUCGGGUGUGGCCCUCGAGCUCCCAAUCAGACUCGCCGGAACUUGAAUAUUCCAUGAAGAAAGGCUAAACCCGAUCCGAUUUCACCGAACAAUGUCUUGUUUUUCAGUUAUGGAGUGCCAAUCGAUGGCGCGGCCGUCAAGAUGAUUUACAAAAUCCGGUCUCAACGACUGAACACCCGAGUGAAAAUCACGGACCGAUGUCUGAUCCUGGCCAUUAUCGGGGUUCUGUUUAUGGGUCUAGAUGCGGAAGUAUGUGCUCAGAAUAUAA